AUGUCAAAAGUCAAUGAUACACAAACCACUAAUGUACCUAUGGUGGUUACACAAUAAGAAAUAAAUGAAUAAGGGAUAUUUAAUGAAACUUCUAAAGCAUUAGGUUGGUAUUAAUAUUUUCCUGAAUCUCCUAUCGUUGCUAGUCAAGAAUAUUCAAGUCAUGACCAGCAAAUGCUAUUUAUUGUCAAGCUAUACAUAUUUUUAGCUGGUUUGUUCAUACUACAGUAUCUAAUGGUCAUAAUGUUUUAUUAUUCCUUCGAGUUCAGAUGGAGUUUAAUCUUUUUAGGAUACCCAACUCCUUUGUAUUGGGUUAUUCUUUCAUGUACAAUUUUGUUAGGAUUAAUGGCUUAUUUAAUAAAAUUGUUCAGAAGAGUAAUGUAAUUUUUAUAUAGAAUAGCCUCCCUUUAAUCUGAUUGUAUAUUUCUUGUAUUCCUUUGGAGUAGGGUGUGUCUUGGCAGCACCAUAUGCUGAACAACUCUGGUGGAAUGAAAACAGUUUGAUAAUAAUCUUAUAUUAAUUUUGCAUGACUGUAUGUACAUUUGGGACAAUUAUUGCAUAUAAAUUUAAGGAUUCUUAAUUCAUAAAUGCUUCAUGUAAUAUAUAAUCUUAUGUUUAGACAUUUUGUUAAUCGCACUUAUACUUGAUGUAUUCAUCAUAUUUAUUUUUAUAAUGAUAUACACUGAGUUAGCUUGGCUGAUAGUUAUAAGUGUACUUAUUCAUUUAAUCUAUGUAUGUCUACUAUUAUUUGAAACCAGAUUAAUAUAGAGAGGAAAAGUAUUUGAUAUAAUAAUUUUAGUUUAACCUUAAUUUGGAUGAGUAUAUAUCAGGUGCACUCUUUAUUUACUUAGAAGUAACUCUAUUUGUAAUUUUUGUGGGCAUUUUAUUCAUUAUCUUUAUGGUAGUGGCAUUUAUACUGCUAAUCGUAGCUUUUAUUGCACACAAAAAGUGA